AUGGAUUUCAGAUUGGUAGGAUUGGAUGCUUCGGUACUGCAUGCUCUGCACCAAAUGAUGGGCCUUUCAGACGGCAAUUCUUCUGACAAGUCAUUAUCACACAAUGCUCCGACACGGUCGUACGUUAGAGAUGCGAAGGCGAUGGCUGCAACUCCAGCAGACGUGAAGGAAUACCCAAAUUCAUACGUGUUUGUGAUCGACAUGUCAGGGUUGAAAUCCGGUGACAUAAAGGUUCAGGUGGAAGAUGAUAACGUUCUUGUGAUAAGUGGUGAGAGGAAGAUGGGAGAAGAGAAAGAAGGUGCAAAUUAUUUGAGAAUAGAGAGAAGGUUUGGAAAAUUUAUGCGAAAGUUUGUUCUGCUAAUACUGACGUUGUUUCGGCUGCCCACCUUGGCCCAAAGUGCAGAUAAAGGCCCAGAUCCAAGCAGCUCCUCGGGAAAUGCCCACAAUCAGUACAUCACCAAACAUGCCCGACCACAUACUACAUCUGCAACGCCCGUUGUUGCCCUCGACGAGCAACGUCCCCGACCAAGGGAGCUCCAGCUCGAGUCCAGCUCGAGCACCCUCCCCGUAGGGCAGAUUCUGUCCACUAUGACGGUUAUGGAAUCCUCAAAGCUCCGGAAAGACCGCGUCUUCGUCCUUCCUCAUUCUUCGCAGAGCACCACCUAG